GCGUUUGGGGCGAAGUGCCCGAGGGGGUUGCAGGGUGUAACGUUAAUUGGGUUUUGUCUAUUUGAAGGUAGGGGCGAGGGUGGAAGAGUAUGCAGAUUACCCUGAGUCAACCCUCGGUCGAUUGGAGGGGAAGCCGGAUUGGAAGAGGGGGCCGAACAGGGCGGAGCUUCCAUCCCUUGGUGGGAGAAGGGACUCCACCGGGUAUUUUCACUAGUCCAAAGCCAACAAACGCAGGGUGUUUUCUCAUAAUCUCUGUGUCAACUGUACCGUGUUGUGUCAAAUAACAGUGUUCUCCGAGUAGAAGCCAGGGUCGAACCCUCGGUUUUUUACGUUCCCCGUCUCUGUCUGUCUAUCACGUCCUCUCUCUUUAAGGAACAUGCACACGCUAUUCGGAGACCAAACGUACUACAGCAGAUUCCCCGCGGGAGCCGGAUAUCCCACCGGUUACGAUUAUUCCAGGUACGCGGGUUACCAUCCGACGACCGGCUACCAACCGGUGACCCACCAUGUCCCGUCCAAGGAUAUGGUCAAGCCGCCGUACUCCUACAUCGCCCUCAUCGCCAUGGCGAUACAGCACGCCCCGGACAAGAGGUGUACCCUGAACGGGAUCUAUCAGUUCAUCAUGGAAAGAUUCCCCUACUACAGAGAGAACAAACAAGGCUGGCAGAAUUCCAUCAGGCACAAUUUGUCCUUAAACGAGUGUUUUGUGAAAGUACCCCGUGACGAUAAGAAACCGGGCAAGGGUAGUUACUGGACGCUGGAUCCCGAUUCGUAUAACAUGUUCGACAACGGUUCCUAUCUGAGGAGGAGAAGGAGGUUUAAGAAAAAAGACGCCCUCCGAGAAAAAGAGGAAGCCAUGAAGAGGCAGCAGGAGUUGAUGAGGAGGGAAGAGAAAAAAGAAAAGACCCCCAAGAGGGAGCCGGAACUGUCGCCGUGCGAAGUCAAAGCGGAAUACGAUAGUUUUUCCGUCGAUUCCCUUGUCACUUAUCCCUCGGCGAGGUGUGCCGGACCCCCGGCGGGACCGUCCACGGCCAUGUACUCCUACUGCCAGUACGAGGAACAGGGGUACAGGCACUGGUACGGGGACAACCCGGAAAUGUUCGACCCGCCCUCGUGCCAACUGGGUUUUAGGCAUGCACCGCCUCAACACAGUUACUACCAACACUCCCAAGUCUAGCGAUCCCCAAGUGUUUUUGAAGAUCGGGGUUCGGCAACGCUAAACAGGGCCGCAGCCAUCUUCAACGAAUUCUCAAUUAACAGGAAGGAAGUCGUACGACAAUUAAACACGAAUUUGGGGGCCAAGACGACCACAUUUCGGAAAUAAUUAUAUUCGUUUGAAAUUGUUUCUCUUUUUCUAACAUGAGUUUUGGUAGGUCUGUACAUAAAAGGAGUCCACGUCUAUUGAAGUCCGAGCAAUUUUCUAAAGUAACAUGCCUAGGAUGUCUGGAAAAAAUUUGAUACUUUUAUUUAAAUAAAACUAAUGGGCCCUCAUUCGAAGACUUCAAUAUUUAAGCCUGUUAACGAUAACAGAAGGGUCGUUUGUACAUAUUAUAUAAAAUAUCGAUAUUGUACGGGAAGUUGAAAAUUAACAGAAUAAAACUGGCAGGAUUCACCGGCAUCCCUUACUCUAUCAUCACUAAUAUAAGCAAUACGUGAAUACUAACUUAUUUAAUUCCACUGUUAUUGACUAGUCAUUGGUUUUAAUGUUUAUAUCCUUGUAUAUUUUAUUAUUUAAAGUGAAAUUUUAAAGUAGGCCAAAUUUGAAGGAAAAGGUUACCAUUUCUAAAAUCUGAUUGUAUAUUUAUAUUAAGUUUGAAGAAAAAAAAACGGGAAAAGGUAAAUUUAGAAUUAUAUUAUUUAGUUUAAGAUCCAAUUAAUUCAGACGGUCAAGAUAAACAGAUAUGAAAAAGGUGAAAACAACAAAUGCGCGUGGCUGUUAUAUUUAAACCUUUGUUCAUUAUGGCAAAAUUUGCAAAUAAUGUUUAAAACCUUGUUUGUUUAUAUAAUUUUUGAGAAAACAAAGAUUUCCUCAGCUCCCACGGCCGGACGUUAAUUAUUAUUUCGUUUUCCAUUUCUAAUGAUAAUAUUGGCCAAAAAUGUAAUAAUUCUCAUCAUUCGAAUGUUUAGGGGCACAGUGAUUUUACCGAAAUUGUAACAAAACGCAAACAAAAACAACUCAUAUUUCACAAAUUCAACACAGCCAGGAAAGUGAUUACAAACGAAGCAUAAUUGUAUUUUACACCUCGUCGAACAAUAAAUUCAUUGAUCAUCCGACUUCGACCUAUUUUUUUACAUGGUAAUUUUCAAAGAUAAAUAGAUAGCAAAUUUUAUAUAAAACUGAACUUCAAAUCCAAACGAAAUUAGAUGAGCUUUUAGAAUUUCUUUUUUUAAUUUAAACUUCUUUGUAACUCAACUAUUUAAGAUUCAUGUUGGUUGAACUCCAUUCAGAUCUGUAUAUGAAACAAUAUACGAAAUUUAGUAAAAUAAAUAAUUAUUUUUAAUUUAACUAAACGUAAAUGUAUUUUUCAUUUCA